CACGCACGGAAGUCCAGCCAAUCAUAACAAGGAACCUCAUCUUGAAGCGCAGGACCCCGGCUUGAUCUGGCAGGCCGAGCCGAACCUAUCUGGUAGCCGCACCGCCACGAAGGUCCAGUGUUUGCUCGGGAGGAAUGCGGUAGGCGGGGCCGCUGCUCGGCUGGUGUCAAACUUUGGGAAUGACAGGAGUGCUGCGGGAUUCGCAAAGAAGGGGAAGUGUCGCCCUUGCUGGCUCUGUUUGGAUUACUUUGACUUGUUCUCAGUUGCAGUUUCUGGUGGAUUUAGCACCUUUUCCGCAGAUAAUAUCAGCCUCAGCAGACUCUCUCAGCCAUGUCCGAGGACCCGAGCUCCCAACCCUGGUCCAUCAACAAAGAUGAUUACGAGCUCCUGGAGGUGAUUGGGAGUGGAGCCACAGCAGUGGUCCAGGCAGCUUACUGUACACCCCGAAAGGAGAAGGUCGCCAUCAAACGCAUCAACCUAGAGAAGUGCCAGACCAGUAUGGAUGAACUCUUGAAAGAGAUUCAGGCCAUGAGCCAGUGCCACCACCCCAACAUUGUGUCUUACUACACGUCCUUUGUUGUGAAGGAUGAACUGUGGCUGGUUAUGAAGCUGCUCAGUGGGGGCUCAGUGCUGGACGUGAUCAAGCACAUCAUCUCACGUGGCGAGCACAAGAGCGGUGUCCUGGACGAAGCCAGCAUAGCUACAGUGUUGAAGGAUGUGCUGGAGGGAUUGGAGUACUUACACAAGAACGGCCAGAUCCACAGAGAUCUCAAAGCUGGAAACAUUCUCCUUGGAGAUGACGGUUCUGUGCAAAUUGCAGACUUUGGCGUCAGUGCCUUUCUAGCUACAGGUGGUGACAUGACCCGAAACAAAGUGCGCAAGACGUUUGUGGGAACGCCGUGUUGGAUGGCCCCAGAAGUUAUGGAGCAGGAGCAGCAAUACAUCAGCAGCAGUAGUAAGGAGACAAGAAAAGGAGAGGAAGGUACAGGACUUGAGAGACAUCAGGGGCUUGAGGCAGGAAGUCAAAGUGAGGGAGAGACAGGAGCAGAGCGGGAGGUGAGGGGAUAUGACUUCAAAGCCGAUAUUUGGAGUUUUGGGAUCACAGCUAUUGAGCUUGCCACUGGAGCCGCACCUUAUCAUAAAUACCCACCAAUGAAGGUCUUGAUGUUGACACUGCAGAAUGACCCACCAUCUUUGGACACUGGUGUGACAGAUAAGGAGAUGGUGAAGAAAUAUGGCAAAUCUUUCAGGAAGAUGAUCUACCAGUGUUUACAGAAGGAACCAGAGAAACGACCAACAUCAUCAGAGUUGUUGAAGCAUAAAUUCUUUCAGAAAGCAAAAACCCAUGAAUACUUGCAUGAGAAGUUGAUCCUAAGGGCUCCGACAAUAACAGAGAGAUCUAAAAGGGUACGACGAGUGCCUGGUUCCAGUGGCCGGCUCCAUAAAACAGAGGAUGGCGAAUGGGAAUGGAGCGAUGACGAGCUCGAUGAAGAAAGCGAGGAAGGCAAAGCAGCGGUCGCAGCUUUAAGAUCACCAAGAGUGAAGGAAGGUCCCCAGAAUUCAGAGAUUUUCCAGACUCCUGAGCCUUUAAGUAGUCACCUCCAGCCAAUGCCUCCAGGUCAGGCUGAACUACCUCAGGCUGCAGGCCAACAUCUACUGCAACCCACGCAAGUCAACACUCAAGCCCCCGCCCCGGCUGCAUCCCCCUCACUCAGUGUUCCUGCUUCUGCUGGUGUUCCCGCUCAGAUCCCAGCUGCCUCAGGAGAUAUCAACACUCCCAUUAGUUUGGUAUUAAGGUUAAGAAAUUCAAAGAAGGAGCUGAAUGACAUCCGCUUUGAAUUUAUGCCAGGAAGAGACACAGCAGAUGGAGUGUCCCAGGAGCUGGUGUCAGCCGGUCUGGUGGACGGGAGGGACUUAGUAAUAGUUGCUGCAAAUUUGCAGAAGAUAGUCGAUGAGCCUCAAGCCCAUAAAAAUGUAACAUUCAAACUGGCUUCUGGGGUGGAGGAAUCUGAAAUACCAGAUGACAUCAAGCUGAUGGGCUUCGCUCAGCUCAGCAUUAGUUAAACUGUUGUUCUACCUGGAACCGUGACUUGCCUAAAAAAUGUGAAAAUUAAAAAAAAAAAAUAGUUUAAUGCAUUUUUUUUUCUCUUUCCAUGGCUGUAAAGAAACCACUACUGCCAAAGAAAAUAGUAUCAUUUUGCUACUCAUAGGAUUAUACAAUACCACCUUGUUGAAUUAGGUGGUCAGCCGUAGUAUCAGAACGUACAGUGUGAGAAUUGCUCAAGGUUUACAGUGUAUUGUAAAAGGAUUUGAGCAUUUACAAGACAAAUGUUUUCAUUCAACAUUCUGGUCCCUUCAUCCUGUUAUUCUCUCGUUAAUAUGUGAUGCAUUUGCACAAUCUGAUCCAACACCCUCAAAUCCUGAUGAUCCCGAUAAGUGUAACAAUGCCUUAUAAUCAUAAGAACUACUGAAUGCAAGUUUAGGAGACGCCUCCUCUUCCCCCACGUGGAGCAUUGUGUCGUUUGAAAUGCACAAACGUGGCUUCAAGUGCUGAUGCCAAACUUUUUACCUUUCUUUUUUCUUUAUGAGUGCUGAUGAGAUGGAAAAUAAAGUAAUGCCAAAAUAUUUUAUUUUACUUUUUCAGUCUUAAGUUUGUAUUACUGAUUAUAGCACCAUUGUCUUUUGGUGAUUCUUAGCCCUAAGCUCUCUCUUCUUAAUAGUUUGAAAUUAUGGUGUCAUUAUUGAAAACAGGUGAUAUGGGAACAAAUUUGGGCCUACCAUAUUUUGAACAUGUAAUUCUAGCUUUGUAGCUAUGUGAAAUAAUGUUCCACAUUUUUUGGUAUAAUUUUUUUUGCAUUAUGUUUGUUCAAAACUCACAUCCCAUCUGUAUGAACUGUUUGAGUUACAAAUGGAAGCAUUGGUGCCACUGUUGCACCUCAAAUUGAUUGAAAAGUGAUCAAUCAAAAUGGCCAACAAGGACAUAUUUUAUUAGCUUAACUCUGUAGCUAACUAUCUUACCUUCUGCGUUCCUAUUAUCAGUUUAAGGAGUAAAUUAAAUAUUUUACUGCAAGAAUUUUUACUUAUGCAAAAUUGAUCCAGAAAACUUGCAAAUGUUGAAUGACAUUUCUAUGCUUAAAUCGUCUAGAAUUAGAAUGCAAAGUCUUUUCUUAGGAGCCCUUUCCAAAACGGCAUACAUUUACAACUUUGCUUCUCUGAAAACACCCACGCAAAUUUAAAAACGGGUAUACUUUUGAGAAACUGACUUCAUGUGCAGAUUUAGGUUACAAAAUUACUUUAAGUAGACCAAGACGCUUGUUGCUGAUAGGAAAUGAGGCAGCCAUGUCGCCAGAGUUUUGAAAAUAUAUACAACUGCUACUAUUUACAUUUAAAAAUGAUACGUCAAAAAUGAUUUAUACAGAUCAUCUCAUUUUCAUACUAUAUAUGAAAAUGACAAAAGAUUUAUAGUUGAGGAAGUUACCUCCACCGUUUUAAAUACAAAAAACCAACCUGGUUCUGUUUGCAAAUUCAGCUCGAUUGGCUCAUGGAAAUGGGUAAUGUGCAGUUUUAAUAUGUUAAUUUCUCAGGAACUUUGUGUCACAGUGUUACAAAACUGGAUUUAAAGGUAUCGAAUAUUUUUGUUUUAAAUGUGUUGAAAGUUUAUAGCGUGGAUUUACAUAAACACAUAUAUAAUGUCUUGACUGUUUUAAGCAAUUGACUUUAUACAUUAAAUUAACUAAAACUGUAUAAUAAUCAAAGGCUUUAUGGAAUCUUUAUGAACUCUUGAUACUUUGCUUAAUUAUUUGAUUAUUAAGGUCACUGGAUAAAUAAAAAUGCAAAUUCUCAACUAACAUAUAAGUGUUUGUUUAAAAAGAAGCACUGUGCUGAGUUAGUGAUGGUUCUUGCACAAAAGGCAGCCUGGGCAAUCUCACUCUUUUCCAACCAACUGAAAUAAAACCAUCCAUUAGGCUUAGUGCAGGAUAUAAUGCAUUGCAGUUCCUCAUAAAGAACAAAACCCAGCACUGCUAUCUUCAGCAUCUUUCUGAUUUGGCUUUUAUGGAUUUAAAUGAGGUGAUUUAUACUUCUGAUAUUUAACAUUGUGCUCUGAAGAACUCCAGUUAAUGCAGACUAUCAUGAGAAAAAAUAUCCAAAAGCCUUCUUGAUAAGUUUUUGUUCUAUUUAGUUGGAAGCGAAAGUGUCGCAGCUAAACUCUUCUCACUGUCUGUUAUUACUUUCUGAAUUUAACGUUUAAUUUAAUAGGGCUGAAAAUAAGUACUUGACUUAAACCUGAGGAUGUAAAUAAUGUCAUUUGGUUUCAUUUUCAUGCUGUUUCACUCUGCCUUGUGUUUCUAUCUCACGACAUGAUUGUAGGUUCCUCAAUUGUGGCGAAUGGUUCUUGGCUUGGGGUUGCAUACUUUUUGAAGGCCUUGAUGUCAGCAACAAUUUGUCAAGUAUAAUGUUUGUUCAUAAUUGGAAAAUGUUAAUGUCCUUGAAAAUUUUGAACUUAAGUUCUAAAUCACUUUGAGUUUCCGAAAUCUUAAAGAAUUGUCAACGCCGCUCAUUAAACCCCAGGUGGGGGCCGUUUACAGUCACUCAUGCUUUUUCAUCUUUGUUUCUUACAGCUGAUGAAUAAAAACUCAAUUGUAAACA